UGGGCCCCUGUACCGCCUCCUCAUGCUGCUGCCAGGCCCGUAAUCUGUCAUGGGCCCCCUGUACCGCCUCCUCAUGCUGCUGCCAGGUCCAGAGUGUGUCAUGGGUCCCUGUACGGCCUCCCAUUGCUGCUGUCUCCAUCGCCACACUCUGCCAUGUGCCACUUUCAGGUCUCCUCACACUGCUGGUGGGUUCCAUUUUGUCAUAGGGUGCUGGCAGAUUACGGGCCUCCCAUUGCUGCUGCCAGGCCCGUAAUCUGCCAUGGGCCCCCGUACCGACUCCUCAUGCUGCUGCCAGGCCAAGGUGGAAUUCAACCCUACAUAUGUUGGACCGCCUUUGUACAGCGAAAGGCCCCCAUUUGCUGCUGUUACAAGCCACAAAGGUACUCCCCUGUGUAACUUAGAUGUCAGGUCUCAUU